AUGGCGACCCCUACUUUCACCGUUCCGGCAGAGAUUUGGCAUGUGAUAUUUUCAUUCCUAUCAUCCAGCGACCUCCAGGCGGCGAGUCUUGUAAACAGGGACUUGCGUAUUAUGGCAGAGCCUUUUCUCUACGCCUGUAUUAAAUGGACAUGGACUGCCUCUCAGACUCCCCCGAUUGCUCAGUUUCUGCAAUUCAUUGUGCAGAGGCCUGAGGUGGCUAGUUUCGUCCAUGAGUUGAUCAUAAGCGGAGAUCAUUUUGAUUGCGAAUGGCAUGUCUACAAAUAUCAGAGUCAAAAACUCCAAGUCAGCGAAGAUGUCACAAAUCAGCUCGUGAGAUAUGUCAAAAGCAUCGAUGUCCCCUAUAUCAAAGAUUGGAUCCAAGAGCUGCAUACCGGAUCGAUGGAUGCAUUCACUGCCCUUUUAUUAUCGGAACUACCCAAUUUGAAUUAUCUACAUCUAAGCGAGAAUUUCGUUCGAGAAAGUCGUUGGAUAGGUAUGAUACUCCGAUCGUCUCUCUGCGAGGCUCAGAAUAACCAUAUCUCAUCUUUCGCACAUCUUCGAGAGGUGUUGGUUCAAUGUCCAUGUCAGGGUUUCAACAUUCGCGAACAUUCGGAUACCAAAAAUACGGAAAGUGUUCUUCCUCUCUUUUAUUUUUCAUCAAUUCAACGACUAUGCCUCUCAAUCGACAAUCCCACUACCUUUACAUGGACAGGGAAGUGCCCUCCAAACCCAUCAAGGCUUACAUCGCUCGACUUGAGCAUGAUGCGCGAGGGACAUCUCGGUCAAUUGCUAUCAGUUACUCAAGGCCUACGGAAUCUCAAAUGGUUUUGGGCUUACCAUCCAGAGAUUGAAGACAAGUUCGUCACCGACAUUAUCGAUUUGGACCAAAUCAUUAUGGACCUAUCCCAUAUUCAAGAGACUUUGACAGACUUGACAAUUGGAGCAAGAGCAUCUGAGUGGCCGGGUGAUCUCUGGCCGUCGACGCUCUAUCUCAACGGUUCAUUCAAUUUGAGCGGAUUCCACGCGCUGGAGAGAAUCAAAAUUCCGAUUCCAUUCAUGCUGGGGUUUUCUCCGACUUCAAGCAUGAUUAACCUUGAGAAAUACCUCCCAAAAAGCCUUGAAUGGCUGACUAUUACCGACGAUUUAUGUUUUCAGGAGGAAUGGGAAUGGGAAUACGAUAAAACUCACUUAGUUGGGGCUGUUCGAUCAUGGUUACAAGACUGGAGGAGAUUCACACCUCGCCUCCGUGGAUUUUGUCUAUCAGGGGAGGUACAACGAUUGGAGGAUUGGCAGCCUGAAAUGAUAGACGGACUCAAAGAAUUGGCUUUGGAGUUCGGGGUUCAUAUUCAGGUCACUGGCAAAGGAAUUACCAAUGUGUUUGGUUGA